AUGAUGAUGUGGCAACGAUACGCAAGGGGGGCGCCUCGCUCGUGGACAUCUCUCUCAUUUGGUAAAGCUAAUGCUAUAACGGCAGUGAGACCAGUACUUCGAUCACGCAUGCCGGCCCGCCAGCGCUUGCGGACCGUAUCUGGACUGGCAGCUAACCACAUAAAUUACCGUUCUACACAUAUACGUGCCUUCCAUAUCUCAUCAUCGAGGCUCAAUGAAAAUAAGCAAAAUAAGGAUGGCAAUGGCAAUAAUGACAAGAAUGACAAGAAUAAAGACGGAAAAGACGGAAAAGACAAAAAAAAUGAGUUCAACUCUCUAUCAGAAUACUUCAAAUCCAAGGAAUUUGCGAAUACGAUGUAUUUAACCAUCGGGUUCACAAUUAUAUUCUCUUUACUGUCACCUUCCAGUAACAACGCAGGAGACGAUUCCAAUCGGGUCUUGACUUUCCAAGAUUUCAAAACAAAAUACCUGGAAAAAGGACUCGUGUCCAAAAUUUACGUCGUUAAUAAGUUCCUCGUAGAGGCUGAAUUAGUCAACACAAAGCAAGUCGUUUCUUUCACUAUUGGCUCAGUAGAUAUUUUUGAAGAGCAGAUGGACCAGAUUCAGGAUUUGUUGAACAUCCCACCUCGUGAUCGUAUACCUAUCAAAUACGUUGAGAGAUCUUCUCCCCUCACGUUUUUGUUUCCAUUCCUUCCCACCAUUAUCUUGCUUGGUGGCCUUUACUUUAUAACCAGGAAAAUAAAUAGCUCGCCUCCCAAUGCCAAUGGCGGUGGCGGUGGAGGUCUUGGUGGUAUGUUCAAUGUAGGCAAAUCAAGAGCUAAACUGUUCAAUAAGGAGACAGACAUCAAAAUUUCCUUCAGAAAUGUCGCUGGUUGUGAUGAAGCCAAGCAGGAAAUUAUGGAGUUUGUUCACUUUUUGAAAAAUCCAGCAAAGUACACUAAACUGGGCGCUAAAAUUCCGCGAGGUGCUAUUCUUUCUGGACCUCCAGGUACUGGUAAAACCCUUUUAGCCAAGGCCACGGCAGGCGAAGCAAACGUGCCUUUUUUGUCUGUGUCAGGUUCUGAGUUCGUUGAAAUGUUUGUCGGGGUGGGUGCUUCCCGUGUAAGAGACUUGUUUACCCAGGCAAGAUCUAUGGCUCCCUCCAUCAUCUUCAUAGAUGAAAUUGACGCUAUUGGUAAAGAAAGAGGUAAAGGCGGUGCUCUUGGUGGUGCUAAUGAUGAAAGGGAAGCUACAUUGAAUCAAUUAUUAGUGGAAAUGGAUGGUUUCACUACUUCUGAUCAAGUUGUUGUUCUUGCAGGCACAAAUAGGCCUGACGUACUGGAUAAUGCUCUAAUGAGACCAGGAAGAUUUGAUAGACAUAUUCAAAUUGAUUCACCCGAUGUCAAUGGCAGACAACAAAUCUAUCUGGUUCAUUUGAAAAAGCUGAACCUAGAUCCCCUUCUCACAGAUGACAUGGAUAAUCUUUCCGGGAAACUGGCUACCUUGACUCCAGGUUUUACUGGUGCUGAUAUUGCCAAUGCCUGUAAUGAGGCCGCUUUGAUCGCUGCCAGGCAUAAUGACUCCUAUAUUACAAUCCAUCAUUUUGAACAAGCCAUUGAAAGAGUCAUUGCUGGGCUAGAGAAAAAGACUAGAGUUCUUUCUAAGGAGGAGAAAAGGUCCGUGGCCUAUCAUGAAGCAGGCCAUGCUGUUUGCGGCUGGUAUUUAAAGUACGCUGACCCACUGUUGAAAGUAAGUAUUAUCCCACGUGGUCAAGGCGCUUUAGGUUAUGCGCAAUACUUACCACCUGAUCAAUAUUUGAUAUCCAAGGAACAAUUCAGGCAUAGAAUGAUCAUGGCCCUUGGUGGUCGCGUUUCUGAAGAACUGCAUUUCCCAUCAGUUACUAGUGGUGCACAUGACGAUUUCAAAAAGGUCACCCAGAUGGCAAAUGCAAUGGUCACGUCCUUAGGAAUGUCACCCAAAAUUGGCUAUCUAUCAUUUGAUCAAAAUGAUGGAAAUUUCAAAGUCAACAAACCGUUCAGUAAUAAAACAGCAAGAACCAUUGAUUUAGAAGUUAAAUCCAUAAUAGAUGGUGCUCAUCGAGCUUGUACAGAAUUACUAACCAAGAAUUUAGACAAGGUCGAUCUCGUCGCUAAAGAGCUAUUACGUAAGGAGGCAAUUACCAGAGAAGAUAUGAUUAGAUUAUUAGGUCCAAGACCAUUCAAGGAAAGAAACGAGGCUUUUGAAAAGUACCUAGAUCCAAAGAACAAUAAUGAACCACCUGCGGCACCUGCGGCAACAGAUUAG